AUGACGGAGGUUUCUUCCACCCGUCUGUAUCUCGGGAAUCUUCCCCGCAACGUCACCAAGAACGACGUCGAAGAACACUUCAGCGCCCAUGGAUCUGGCAAGAUAACCGAGAUCAAGCUUAUGAAUGGCUUCGGCUUUAUCGAAUAUGAAGAUGCCAUGGAUGCCCGCGAUGUUGUGCCUGCCUUCCAUGGCAGUGACUUCAAGGGUGAACGCCUGACGGUGCAGUUUGCUCGUGGUCCCCGCCGCAAGGAGACCUUCCCCGGUCCUAACCCAGAUCGCCCCGCUCCUCCGCGCCCACGCCGAACCAUCUAUCGGAUGCAGAUUUCUGGUCUCCCCGAAACGAGUUGGCAGGAUCUGAAAGACUUUGCCCGUCUAUCUGGAUUGGACGUGGUCUACUCUGAAACCGGUCGCGAGCAAGGCAAAGGGUUUGUGGAGUUUGAAACGGGCAACGACCUCAAGACCGCCGUGGAGAAGCUCGACCAGCGAGACUUCAAAGGCGCACGGGUGACUUGCACUGCCGACAUCCAAAAUUUUGAAGAUCGCGCUUACCGGGAGCCUGCCUACCGUUCUCGUUCUCCUCGCCGUGGCCCGUACCCCAUGGAUGAAUAUGACCGCCGGUUCACCCCUCGAGGAUACAGCCCCCGGGACCAUUAUCGUGAGCGUUCGCCCAUCCCUAUCCGCCGGGACUACUAUGACUCCCGGGAUGCCUAUGGACGUCGCACUCCCCCGCGACCUCGGAUUGAGGAUUCCCCCCCCCCUCGUCGUCCUUACGAUGAUCCUUAUCCUCCCCCACCUCCCCGUCACUAUGAUGACCCAUACCUUGCGGCGCGCGCUCCUUAUGGCCGGCCUCGCACCCCCCCGCGUGGCGAAUACGUUGGAUAUGACCGCCGCUACUGGUAA